ACCGGUUUGCUUCGCCCGUAUUUACGUAGCGUUGUCUGACAUUUUUCAUGUUUCUCGUAAGAUAUUCUGAGAGAAAAGAGAGAGACAGGCGCAGCGAUCAGAUUCCAUCAUCGUCUUCGUUUUGGUCUCAAUCUCUCGCGGAUCUGUCCCUAUCAAUUUCCAAAAAUGCCUCAAGGAACCCUCGAAGUCCUUCUUGUUAGUGCUAAGGGACUCGAAAACACCGAUUAUCUCAAUGACAUGGAUCCUUAUGUCAUCCUCAUUUGCCGCACUCAAGAGCAAAAAAGCAGUGUUGCAUCGGGAAAAGGGACUGAACCAGAUUGGAAUGAGAAUUUUGUCUUCACCAUUUCGGAUGAUGUUGUUUCAGAACUCACAUUAAAAAUAAUGGACAGUGAUGCUGGUACUGGCGAUGAUUUUGUGGGAGAAGCUAACAUUUCACUAGAGCCUUUGUUUAUGGAAGGAAGCCUCCCUCCAACAGCAUACAACGUAGUAAAGGAUGAAGAGUUUCGUGGAGAGAUUAGAGUUGCCCUCACUUUCACUCCUGUGGUUCACGGUGGCCGAGAUUUGCCUGUGGAAGAGGAAAGCUAUGGUGGAUGGAAAGAGUCUGCAUACAGAGAAUGAUCAAGCAAUGUUCAGCAGCUUUUUCUAUAAGUACUAUGAUCUGGGAAUUGAAAUAAAUAGGCUACUUUGUUCGAUUGAUUUCAGCUUCCCUAUCCCCUGCUUGAUGGAUUGUGAUUCAAUAACUAUUUGAUGAUGCUGAGAUUUGACAAAGCUCCUGGUUUGAAUACAAAAGUUGAUGGUUUGAAUA